CCAUCCAGCAUCUUGAGCUGAGCUGUCAAUCAGCAGCAGCAGUCUUAUCUGUGGGCAGCAGGGGCUGAUGGGAGCUUUGAGGAGCCGUUAGAAACCACGUGGUCCUCGUCUGAUCUCACAGCUCGUCCUUGUUUGGCCUCAGCUGCAUCAGAGCUCCACUUCUCCCCAGGUUCACCAGAGGAAACACCACUGCACAAAAUGCUUUUCCUCCCAGCUGCUGCUCUGUGCUGUCUGUGUUCAGCGCUGGCUGCCAUGGCAACACAGCUGAGUCAGGAUGAUUUAACUCUGACCAGGAGAGAAGGUCAGAGCGUCUCCUUCAGCUGUGGAGGAAUGGAUCAGUGUGCUAGUGAUGUAACCUGGUACCAGAAGAAAGACACAGAAACAUUCAAAGCGAUUCUUUAUAUCUACACUGGUGGUAGCGCAGAAAAACCUUUCAAUCAUCCUCAGAAAAAUGAUUUCUCAGCUGAGAAAAAUCAGAACGACUGUAAACUGAAGAUAAGUAAAGUUAAACCCAGUCAUUCAGCCUCCUACUACUGCGGCUGCGUGAAGGAUGGAACCACAGUGAUUGGUUCUGGAACCAGACUGUAUGUUUCAGAUGAGAAGGUAGUGAAGCCCGUGGUGAGCGUGUACCCAGCAGCAUCCAGAGCCCACCUGGAGGGGAAGAGCUCCCUGCUGUGUCUGGCCUCAGACAUGUUUCCUCCUCUGGUCCAGAUCUCCUGGAAAAGACAGAAGAAGGACGGUGAUCUGGAGGAUCUGCCCCCUGUUGAGGGAGAGCAGCUGGAGCUCAGAGAGUCGGGUCGCACCGCCUCCAUCUUACUGGUGGAUCGGCAGGAGAACGGCUCAUCUAAAUACAGCUGCUCUGUCCAGCAUGAGGGAGGCAGAGUGGAGGCCCAAACACUACAAGAGCUUCCAGCUCCAGCAGCCUCCUGUCCUCCAGAGAGACCAGACCUGGCAGCUCUGCAGCAAGCUGACUUGUCCUUCCAGUCUCAGUGCAGGGUGAAGCUGCUCUGCCUGCUCUACACGGUGCUGAUAGUGAAGAGUCUGGUGUACUGCUGUGGACUCUCUCUGCUGAUGAUGCUCAGAACCAAGGGACCGUCCACCAUCUGAACACCUGCUGACUCACUGUUUUCUCUCCAACUUUUCCUCCUUUCAUUGUUACUGAUUGUUUGUUUUAAAGCUUCUUAUGAUGCGUUGAAGUCGAUCAUGAAGAGAAUCUGUUUAUUGCAGCUUCACAGAGUUCCUGUAAGGAUUUCCAUCCAGAUGAGGAAAUAUUUCUGUCCUGGGCUGUAAUCUGUGUUCUAAUAACUUUAUAGUUUGAUUUAGAUCCUCUCUGAUCAUUUCUGUCUGCUCCAUAUUUGAUUGUUUGUCAUCAGUUUGGUCAUUUUUCUUUCAUUGUAACACAACUUUAUGGACAAAUAAUUAUUAAACCUUCUUGUGGCCAAAAUGACCACAUAAACUGUU